AGGGUUGUCGACGUCGUUGUCGGGCACGAGUCCAAGUUCUUCGUAUACCUGAAAAUUACCCGACCAAUAUGAUAACUCGGCCACUUAUGUCUUCUGCCGGACCAUUACGGGCCAUUCUGCUGACAUUACGACCUUUCCCCUUUACCUUUUUCCUUCUUUAUUCGUCGGUACCUGCUAGGAUACGAUCGAAUUUAUUCCCUAUUAAAAUUUAUUUUCCCCAUCUGUUUAUUCGUAAUUUUUUUAUCCCAUCUUCGCUAACUAUCCUUAAACGUUCUUACUGGUUAUUUUUAAGUAGAUUUAUCGUUCUCAUUGUUAACUAGUUAACUUUCCAUAAUCCAACCUCGCCAAUUCUCUCGGUAAAAAUACUUUUUCUCCUUUUCGAAACUGUGAACGCGUUAACGAACUCAUUACGGUAAAUAAUGAAAGAGUACAGCAAGUUUCUCUCUCUCUCUCUCUCUCUCUCCCUCUCUCUCCCUCUCUCUCUCUCUCUCUCCCGGAGAAAUGGAAGAAGACCAGCAUCGAAAUCUUGCCAUUAUCAACUUUCUUUAGUAACAGGAGAGACUGAGAAAAUCAUGAAUAUUUGAAAUAAAGGAGAAAAAGGACUGAAAGAGGAAAGAAUAGGACAGAGGGAGAGAACGAGUCGUCUCGGGUUUCAGACGAAUGGCGUCUAGGAAAGCAAAGCAGAGCGAAACAAUUGAAAAGGAGGGAGCAGAUAAUAGAGAAGGGAGGAAGACGAAGCUACAACGUCUUCUCAUUGUGCCUCACGGCGUGCGGUCCUCGUAUUCUUGCGAACCUCCUGCUGGGCAGGUUGGGGCUGCAGCUACGGUUUAGAAUCAAACCAGAAGGCCUGGAAUUCGUUUCUCGGAUUAUAAGUUAUACCUUAUAAAGUUUGUUGCGAGCAGACUCAAAAGUGGCCGACACAGUACUGGCAACGGUCUCCUUCUCGAGGGUGGUCCCGAUCCUUUCAUCUUCCCUUCGUCCCUUCUUUACUAGAUUAUCUCAAUUCAACCAUUUGCAAUUAUAUGAUUAUUACUCGGUCAUUGCAUAUACCUACCUCCUUUUACCAACCAAUUUUCUUUCUCCCUUCUCCUAACAUCUUCUUAAGAUUACAUAGGAUAACUUUGUCAUAAAAAAGCAAUAUGAUUAUCGAAUAUUUUUUUUCCACUCUAAUCCGAUCAAGUCGACUUAGAUAAAAUCGGAUCUUAUCGGUUCUAAAUUUCUUGUAAAAUCUCAAAUUUAUAUCGGCUUAUUUGGAAAACGGUACAUCGUUAUACUUUAUGUUUUCAUACCAGCGGACGUAUGAAAGAGGCGUACUUAGAGAAAAAAAACAAAAAACAAAAAAAAAAAGAAAGAAAAAGGAAAAAAAAACAAAAAAAAAAAGACAGAACGUUUGAAGAGCUUUCGAUCCAUCGGAUAAGCCCGAACUCGACAUGGUGAUUCGUAAAAUCUCGUUAGAUUUCAUCACCGUCACGUAACGCUUUUUUCAUUCGGCGCGCGUCCCUGAACCGUGUUCUAAUUUGAAAAACCGAUCGGAAUUUUAUAGUGGAAAGAUAAAAAAAAAAAAAAAAAGAAAAAAGGAGCAGAAACCGAUCGAAUAAGCGAUGCCUACGCCAGUGAUAGAAAAGGAGAAUGAGAAGUAGAUAUCAUCGAUACGAAGCAGCCCUCUCUUGCUCUCGUGACUGCGUGGAAAUCGAAUCGCUGGGACCACACGCAUCCGGUGAACGCAUUAAAGCUCCCGCGACACAAAUUCCAGAAGUGAAAUCCGCGGCAGCCGCAUCGGUUAUGCCAAGCCACCGACUCGUCGUUUCGCGUCCGAUAAAGCUGCUAAUGGUCAUGUGUCCACCGGGAGAGCCAGGUCCGCCAGGGAAAAAAGGAAAGAAGGGCAAAAAGGGUGAACCCGGAGAGCCCGGGCCGCCGGGUGUGGCCGGGACGCCGGGCAAGAACGGUUUUCCGGGACCUAUCGGGUUGGACGGACCUAAAGGAGAUGCGGGUCGACCGGGCGAGAAAGGACAAAAAGGAGAACUUGGAAGCCCUGGCUUCGAUGUCUUCUCAGCAGUAAAGGUCAAUGCACAGGGAUUGGGGUUAAAGAGGUCGGUGACGACCCUCCGUGGCGGGACACUCGGAUAUGCGGAAAUCGUCGCUCUGAAGGGACUUCAGGAGCAAGGGCAUAAUAUAUCGACGCAAACCAUCAUACAACUCAAAGGUGAGCCAGGAGAACCCGGGCCACCGGGUCCACCAGGUCCACCAGGAUCAGAGGGUCUCCCAGGACACGAAGGCAGACAAGGGAUUCCUGGUGAAGUCGGUUCGCCGGGAGAAAAAGGUGCGCCUGGACCAAUCGGACCAAUUGGUCCAUCCGGUAUUCCAGGACUUCCGGGUCCUAAGGGUGACAAGGGAGAUAAAGGAGAUCGUGGCCUGACGACUUCGAUGAAUGGCGAACCAUUUCCAACGGGAAUAUUGGAAGGUCCUCCUGGUCCACCUGGACCGCCUGGGCCCCAGGGCGAGAAGGGAGAGCUGGGUCCGACAGGACCACCCGGUCUGACCGGCGAGAAGGGUGCCCGGGGAAAGCAAGGGAAGAGGGGUUUCAAGGGUGAGAGCGGUAUUACAUUGGCGAGGGGUCCACCCGGCCCACUGGGUCCAAAGGGUGAAAGGGGUUACCGGGGCGAAAAGGGCGCCAAGGGAGACCAGGGCUCGCCAGGACCUAAGGGAGAACAAGGAGCUCAGGGUCCACCGGGAUUUAACGGGACCGAUGGCGAAGCUGGCAUACAAGGUCCACCGGGAUUACCGGGCCUUUCCGGACCCAAAGGUGAGAAAGGCGAGUACGGUGAUAUCGGACCUCCCGGACUCAUGGGACCUCCAGGUUUGCCUGGUCCACCGGGCUAUCCUGGAAUGAAGGGUGACAAAGGUGAAAAGGGCGAAUCGAAGUACAAAAAACUGAGAAGAAGGCAGGGUGACGGCACCUUCGAAGUCAAUGCGGGCGAAGUGAUUAUGGGACCUCCUGGACCACCUGGACCAGCCGGUACUCCUGGAUUGCAAGGUCCACCUGGUAUCAAGGGCGACAGAGGACACGACGGCGCCAAGGGUGAUCCUGGAGAGAAAGGUGCCAAAGGAGAUCCUGGUCCGAUGGGAUUACCCGGCCCCAUGGGACUGAGAGGCGAAUCCGGAAAGCCCGGAGAUUCCGGGAAACCUGGCGCCAUGGGACCCUCAGGACUAGACGGCAUGAAGGGAGCACAAGGGGAGCCUGGAACGAAGGGUGAAAGGGGAGAUCCAGGAUUGCCCGGUACCGAUGGGAUUCCAGGAACGGAGGGACCGAAGGGUGAGAAAGGUGCUAAAGGCGAUUGUGGCCCACCUGGUAAGAGAGGAAGAAAAGGAGACAAGGGUAACAAAGGCGAUCAGGGUGUACCUGGACUAGACGCGCCCUGUCCCCUCGGUCCUGAUGGCCUUCCAUUACCAGGUUGCGGCUGGAGACCACCUCAGGACACGACGAGUACGUCGACGCCAGUGAUCGAAGGACCAGAACCCGCGGAAACGGAUUACGAGCCGGAAGAGGAGUACGAGGAGUAUCCAGAUCACAACGGGAACUUAGCGGAGCCAUAAUGCUCAUUGUGCGCUGCCCUACUCACCACUACAACCACCACCAUCACCAACACCCUCAUCACACGACUCACCCUGCUCUCCCAAACUAACGUGGUCCUGCCAAGAAGUAAUAUUCUGCGCGAAUGGCUGGCGGAGGAGGAAGAGGAGGAGGAAGAAGGGCAGUGACACAGAUGGUUUACUGAAAGUAGCGCAUUUUCAUCAAGGACCUUCCUGUAUCCGCGUCGCUAACGUACACGACUCACCAACGAUUCACCGUAUUCCGAAUUCGAUGCGAUCAGUUUAGCGAUAUAUACGCCAAACUAAAUCAUCUUGCCACAGAGGAGUGUUGUAAAUAAGUGUACUUACAGUGUCUAGCGUCCGCAGUGCGUGUACAUAAAUAAUUAGUUUACUGCUACAAUUAGGAUCCAUGGUGAUGACGAAGAUGGUUGUACGAUCUCUCUCUCUCUCUCUCUCUCCUCUUUCUCUCUUUUUCUUUCUAUUUCUCUCCCCUCUUUCUUUCCUUCUUUCUCUCCCCCCCCCCCUCUCUCUCUCUCUCUCUCUCUCUCUCUCUCUUUCUCUUUCUCUCAAUUCCUGUCCACGAAAUUAUCGAGCAAUUCUCUAGAGUCUAAAAGAACAACAUCCAGAUUCCUCCUACGACGACAAAGAAUGACUUUGAGAGAGCGAUCGUGAUUCCGGUGUUAGCUUCUGUCUCCUGCUGAAGUGUAUUGAUCGAUCGAAUACGGUGAUGCGGCGCAUAGUGCAAGAGACUCACUUCUUUUUUUUUCUCUCGAUGGACAAAAAGAUAUAGCCAGGAUUGAUAAUUAUUCUUGCUACGAUCGUCGUAUUUCGAGGGCUUCGCUAUCCUACGUGUAAUUUCUGUGUGUGUGUGCGUAUGUGCGUAUGUGUGUAUGUAUGUACGAUUGAUAUGCGAGACUUCCUUGUUCCCCGCAUUCUCCAGGAAGGAACGUCUAGGAUAUUAUUUACCUUCAUCUACGGCUACGCGGUACUUCCAAAGUCAAUUUUGCUCGUAAUAACGAUUACGUUCAGAAUUAAACUUGUCCUGCGUAUCAUAAGUGACAUAAUUACCGAACCCAAUAAGCGAUCACCCGCAAUAUUAAUUUCGGAUUUUACGAAAGAUUCCUCCAAAUUCGCUACGAGAGAUCCAGAUUUUUAUACGAUUGUAUUCGAGUCAAGACCCGUGCGGCUCUGCUUUCUCGUUGACUAGAAAUAUCGCUAGUUUUUAAAUCGAACGAGUAAUGUGUACACAUUGUCAAUAUUAGCAAUUAUAAAAUAAAUUUUAAGUGUAUAUCACGGAUAUAUUAUGCCGUUUCUACAUCGGUACAGAUUUCACCGUGUUGUUGCGUGGUAGUCCGAAUGUUAAUUCCGUGUAUUCGAUGGACAGCUUGUGGACGAAGAUAGGCGGAUGAAUUGGACUACGAUUAUUACCCGUCCGCUUCCAACGUCUCGAUCUUCCCCUUAUUCGCACGAACAAGCGAACCUAACGAUAUCAUACUCGCAAUAAAGAUAUGAAGAUUUUCUUCAUUCCUUCGAGUAUAAUUUUUGUUAUUUCUCGCUAUAAGUGUACGACAGUGUAUUAUAAACUUAGUUUUGUACCGAUUAAAUAUUUAUUAAUGGUUA